UUUCUUUGUCGCGUUCAGUUCCUUACUUGACAGUAUGACAUCAGUGCAAACGGAUAUGGGCGAAAUUGCCUUCACCCACAAACUGUUUUGUUUUUUGCCGACGAAAAACAUACUAAAAGUAGAGGACUGAUACGAGGAUCUCGCAUGUGGAUCGCGACCGUCAUCUUGUAUGUACGAGGUUUUGUUUUCUCUUUCGAAAGAGCACAAAAGAAACAAAAUUGAAUAGAGUUAUUACAAAAUGAGAGUCUAUAUCGGGUUUUGCGUCGCAUUGUCUUGGCUGAGUCAAGCUUCGUCUGCACCAAGGAAGCCUAGGCUCACUGUAGCAGAAGAUGACAUGCCAAUAUAUUAUGUUAGAAAUGUAAAUGGUAAUCCAGGAACAUAUUCAUUUGGUUACGAUAUUUUGGAUCCGAAUACCGGGAAUUCACAGUACCGUAAUGAAGAAAGAUAUCCUAAUGGGACUGUUACGGGAAGCUACGGUUAUGUUGAUGCUGCUGGAAAACCACAAAGGUUCAGAUACGUGGCUGACGAAAAAGGUUAUAGGAUUUUUCAAGAGAUUAGUCAUUUGCCGCUAGUCCAGGCUCAGACACCUCCGGUUAGGAUGCCAGGUGACUCUGCUACGGAAUCGUCCAUAACUUGGUCGAGGCCUAAAAAGAAAAACAAGAGGAAGCCAGUUGCUGAGAUGAUGAAAUCAGAAGAAAAUAUUAAUAUUAAUUCUCUAAGGCAACCCAGUUUUUAUGCUACUUAGUGAUUUAUUGUUUGUAAUUUAAUUUAUUAAUAAAAUAAAUGCAUUGAAACUUCUUUGAAAUGACGUUCUUUUUACUCAAACAACUUCUUUUGACAGCACCUACGAGUAGUAACAUAUAAAAGUGAUUAUUUAUAGAAAUUGAAGUCGUCUUUAAGCAAUGCAGUCAAUUGACUUAGUAAUAUUAUUGUUUAAUAUAUUUAGUGUGGUUUCAUGUUUACCGACAGUCCAAAGUGGAUCAGAAACGAAACCAGAGUUCAAAGACGAAAAACGUUAUCCAAAUGGGACAGUUAUUGGGACGUACACUUACAUUGAUAAAGAAGGAACGCCUGUCCAUGUCCAAUAUUAUGCAGACAACAAUAGUUACGGGUAUAGAAGUUUUUUUAUUUAACAAAAUAUACGUUGCUGGGCCCAUUACCAAUCUGUACAGGGUCGAAUUAAAAAGUGUGAAAGUGUAUAAUGAAGCUGAACCGAAAGAUUUCGAUCUGUUUGCGAAAACAAUGGAAACUCCUCUUAAAGUUGCUUCGGAUCUUUUAAAGUACGACUUUGACAGAGUCCAUGACGUUUAUCGAUCAAAACAAAAUGAAAUUGAUAAGAUUGAUAAUAAUUUAAAGUCCGAUAAAAAAAAAGGCGAUUACGAAGUUUUGUAUAAUAAUGGAUACAAUUCGUUAAAAAAUAAUGCUAAAAAUAAAAUAAAAAUUUAUUCUGGAAAAGAAAAAAGGAAAACUCGAAAUAUUCGAGAUGAUUAUGACAAAUCACUUUUUUGUUAUAAAUGAUUUUACUAUGAUAUUUCUUUUACUUUAUUUGUGAAUAUUAACUAUGUAUUGGAAUAUAAUUUUAGUUGGGUA